CCUCACUGACUUGUUCUCAGUGCCUCUUUGAGAAGGAUGUGGGGUGGUUUGUGCGUGUGGCAUUUGGGGCUUCUGUUUUUGGGGUUAGGAUGGGUGCAUGGGCAAAGCCAGACCAACUUCACAAGGCCUGUAUUCCUGUGUGGUGGUCAUUUGACGACAGACUCGGGGUUUGUGGCUAGUGAGGGUUUCCCCUCUCAUUACAAAGCAAACUCCAAAUGCACCUGGUACAUCACAGUUCCAGAAGGUCAAGCUGUGGUGCUCCAGUUCAGGAUCUUUGAUCUAGAGGCGGAUCCCACCUGCCGCUACGACUACGUGGAUGUCUAUAAUGGACACUCGUACACGGUGCAGAAACUGGGCCGCUUCUGUGGGACGUUCCGACCUGGAGCCCUCAUCUCCACCUCCAACACCAUGAUGCUAGAGAUGGCGUCUGAUGGCAGCACAGGAGGAAGAGGAUUUCUGGCUUAUUUCAGUGGGGGGAAACCACAUAUCGAUGAAAAUCAGUUCUGUGGUGGCAGAUUGACGAAGCCUCAAGGUUCAGUGAAGACACCGAACUGGCCAGAAUCUGAUUACCCAGCAGGCAUCAGCUGCUCUUGGCACAUAUCUGUGGAGCCCAACAUGGUGAUUGAGGUUAAGUUUGAGAAGCUGGACUUGGAAUUAGACUCAUACUGUCGAUAUGACUACGUGGCCCUGUUCAACGGGGGCGAGACAGAUGAAUCUCGACGUAUUGGCAAAUUCUGUGGAGACAUGCUUCCAGAUAUGGUUGUGACCAAUGGAAAUGAGCUGCUGGUGCACUUUGUAUCGGAUCUAAGUGUGACGGCUGCAGGCUUUCUGGCUCACUACCAGAGUAUUCCCCGCGGCUCCCGCACUGCCACGGCUAACCUGGACACAGCACACGGGCCAAGAGUCGGCACUUCACCUACCAAACCCACGACUCAACCAGCAAGACCUAAGCCUAAAAUUAAGCCCACACCGAAAGCUCCCUCAAGACCACCUAAACCUGUACCACCCAGACCAACUCCUAAACCGAGAUCAAAACCUGCACCCAAGCCUAAACCAGUCAGACCUACUCCCCCAACAAGAUCAGGUGCGAGAGUCACACCAAAACCUGCAGUGAAAGUGCCAGCGAAACCUACAAAGAGGCCUACACCUAAAAACAAAGUUAAACCAACAAGUACUCCAGCAAAGCCAAAAGUAAAGCCUGGCGUCAAAGUUAAACCAACAGCAAAGCCAAAAAUCAGUCCCAUCUCUAAACCUGGGAACAAAACAACAACAAGAGCAGUAGCCAACCCAUUGUGUUCCCAACCAUGCAAGCGAAUAGGCACUCUCAUGACCCAAUUCUGCCCCAGUCAUUUUGUGGUGACUGGUAAAGUGACUUCAAUUAAUCCUGGAUCUCAAGGAAGUGCUGAAGUUGAGGUGUCCAUCAUUAAGGUCUAUAAGGCAGGUAGACUUCAGUUCAGAAAGAGAGGACCCACCAAAUCUGCCACACUGACAGUAACAUGCAUGAAGUGUCCUGCACUGCGUAAAGGAGUGAACUAUGUGCUGAUGGGCCAGGUGAGUGAUGAAGGACUUGCCACUCUGACCCCAUCCAGCUUUGCUCUUCAGUAUAAGUCCGUGCAUGACAAAGCACUGGCCACCCUCGCAAAGAAAACAUGCUGACCUCACAACCACUCUGACCAAUCACAAGCCGGAUCAAACCCACUCUGGUCUACUUUAAUCAGGCAGGGAAAGGAUAAAUCAGAUACACUAAAUCCUUAAUUAUAAAUUGCAUCUUUUUAUAUAACUUUUUAUAUAACAGUUUAAGUAAAUAUUCUAAUACUAAGGGAACAGAAGAUUCAGAAAUCUGUAGUAUGUUAUGCAUCACACCAGAACCUUUCAGUCAUAUUCAGGGUAUAAAGUACAGGAUGAUUUUACAUUUUAUGUUUAUUGUGUUUGUAUUAUUAGCUUAUAUUAGGUCUGUUUAAUGUAUUAUGCAAACAUUUUGAUAAGGCACAACAUAUUCAUUAUAAAUGAUAAAGCUCCUUUAAUUAAAGAUGGAUGACAUGUAAAAUAUGAAUUUAUCAGCCUUCAUCUUUUCAAAAACUAAUCAAAAUUCAAUAAUUUUAACAAUACAUAACAUUGAGUGUAUAUUUGCAUAUUAAUACUAAACCAUAACUGCUAAUCAUAUCUACACUACAGUUCAAAAGUUUGUGGUUAUGUUAAUGAAAUGUUUCUUUAUUUGAUCCAAAAAAUACAGUAAAACCAGUAAUAUUGUGAAAUAUUACCAUUUCAAAGAACUAUUUUCAAUUUGAAUACAUUUAGAAUAUUUAUUGAGUAAUUUAUUCCUGUGAUUGCAAAGCUAUACUCCAGUCUUAAGCGUCACAUGAUCCUUCAGAAUUCAUUUUAUGCUGAUUGGUCCUCAAGAAGCGUCUCUUAUUAAUAUCAGUGUUAAAAAAGAUUUUGUGAAAACCAUGAUGCAGGAUUUUUUAUGAAUGGAAAGAUUUUUAAAAAUAAUGUCCCUUUUGAUCAAUUUAAUGCAUCCUUGUUGAAUAAAACCAAUUUCUCAUUAAAAAAAAAACCUUAUUGAACUUUAACUUUUGAAUGCUACUGUGGAUUUAUUACACUAUACCAUUAACUAAAACUCUGUAAAAACAAUCAUGUCCUGACAUGCAUGUUUUGACAGCAUGGUGAAAAGAGCCUCAGAGGAUUUCCUCCUUGAGCUGAGAGUUCCAAGCCAAUAGAAAACAAACUGCUGUAUGUCUCCAUCAAGUGGACACUUCUAGAAUGAGGUGCUGUGUUUGGUGUCUGCAGUGUGCUGGAAAAGAGCCAAAAAAACAAACCUAUGGAAAUUGUCUCCGGGUCAAUAUCACCAUAGAGUGACAAUUUUUAAACAUUUUGGUUUUAAAUUUCCAUUCGCUUUAUGUCAUAUCACAAAUAGUAGACAUAUAUUUAUGACAUAUUAUACAUAUUAGCUGAGCUCCCACACAUUAUUUUUAUUAUUUUUUAGAUAAUCAUGGGCCAUUAUUCAAGCAUAAACCAUAAGAUAUGUCCACCCUGUAAUGGACAUAUAUAUUACUGUUAAAUAUGUUUUCAUUGCAAAAUUAAGAUGCUAAGAUAUUUCUCUAAAGGUAUGAUGACCCUUUCCUAAACAGGUUUAUUAAAAAAAACAUUUAUAAUACUAAUAAAUAAUAUAAUUACACACUCAAUCACAUUUAUAUGCAUGGGACAGCAAAAUAACACACAUCCUCUUACACAAAACAAAACAAAACAAAACAAUCUAGAAAAAGUAUCUAAAGAGCCAAAUAAUGUUUUUGUUAUGAAUAUAAAAACUUUGCCUUGUAUAACACACCCUUUCAUAGUCAUUUUUAUGUUAAGUAAUCAUGGCAAAAGAGUUCCUUAUGUACAGGACACCAAGAGGCACCCUGAGUGAUAUUGAUCCAUUCCUUAGUUACAGUAAUUUCCCUACAAUUCAUUUAAGGUGUCUGUCCCACACUGCUGUCUAUUUAAAGAUCGGAGGUCAUUGCUGCAUAUCCAAGAUAUAUUUGUGUUUUGUGCUUUGUUGUUUGCUUUGUGAAAUAAGAGUCAUAAGAGAGUUACACUGCAUUAGUCAAUCACACACACACAGACAAACACACAAAGCCGGAUAUGUAAAUAUAGGCAAAUUGACACCUGCAGACAUGGAAAUGUUAACAUAAAAUCCUUCUCUCAAAGGAUUUCUCAGCUUAACAUUUCAUUUAAAGCACUUAUUUGGUCCCACUUUCAGAUGGCCUUAACUACUUUGUUUCUGCAUUUAAAUUAAUCAUUUGAUACAAUCCACUUAUUGUGUACAUACGUUUCUACAUUGUACUUAUAUUUUAAAAAUACCUGUAUGUAAUUACAUAUUUUAGUUGCACUGUUGACCCAUCUCUUAAACCUUAAACCUACCCAUACCACCAAACCUGUCCCUAACCUUACCUUAUAUUUUGAUUUAAGUAGUAGUUAAGGCUCCCAAUAUAAAGUGGGACCACUUAACUUAUUCUGAUUUCAUCUUAUACACAUAAAAAAAAAAAUGCACAUUCAUACAUCUUUUACAAAUGAAACACAGACCUGAUUUAUCAUUUAAAUUUAUUGAUCUAGUUGAAUGGUUGAUCUAUUAGAUGAAAUAGAAGCAGUACAAUAACUCUUAUAUAUUAAUAUCCACUAAACUGACAAGUCUUCUUGUUUCAUAUUCAAGCCUAUAUCCUAAUAAGUAAGAUAUAUUAGCAUGUUCUACUCAAGUAAACCAUGAUUAUAAUCUCGCACUACAGCAGUGGGCAUACAGCAUAGUUUCCAGUGCAUUAAGACUAUAAAUCUGUCUUCUCCCCUGAGAACUAAAACUGUUCUAGACAAACUGUUCUAGAACUAGAAUUUCUAAUCAAGCUGUUUCAAACAGAGUUUUUAAAUAUUCAUAUUUUGGUGUUUUCUCCAGAGCUAACAUAUUUUAUAGAGGUUUAGUCUCUUGUACAUUUGAUUUGUAGAGUAUAACUAUAUACAUCUUAUUACAGGUGUGAGGUCUUAGCAUAAGGUGAGCAAUACGACCGCAGAAAGUUGUCAGACCUGCACAAUGGCAAACAAAUGUCGCAAGCAGCCCGACAAUGCUCUUGUCAAAAUUGCUGAAACCUUCCGGUUCUAAAGAGUUGUCCGGUUUUGUAGACAACCCAGCUUAAUCUAUUAAAGCUGGAUAAGAUGUGGGUCCCUGUCAAGAUCACAGACUAGUGCAGAAACAUUAUGGUAAUUUAUGUGCAAAUAAUAAUUCUGUCUAGACGUGUGCAACACAGUGCAAUGUAACAAAUUAUUUAUCUCAUAACUGGAUACAGACCGAGGCUUUACAACUCAAGUUAUUAAUGAAUAACAAAUGAAUCCCUGUAAAUGAUGAAAUAUAUUUAAAACUGAAAAAAAGAAAAUGCUAUAAGAUAUCCUCACACCUAUUGCAACUAUUCGGCCUGCUUGACUUUGAAAUUGGAGGACAGAACAACAGAGACAUAACAUCUUUUUUGACAGCCACAAUAUCUGAUUCAACAAUUAUCUCAAUUUGUCAUUCACAGCAACAAAAAGACGUGUUCACACUGAAAUUCACAAAUAUUGUUAAACCACGCCAAACUCUCAGACUAAAUAACCUGUAUGUUUUGUCAACAGGUGUUUCACUAAAGCACUUAACACACUCUCUGAUAAGAGCACCAUUUACUGAAAGAAUCUGAUUGGAUGAAAGAAAGUUCAACUACCCAGAAAGACCAGUGACAACUCAUGGCUAUAAACAUUCCAAUAAAGCUGAAUACAGCCAACUAGUAGCACUUUCUAGACCGGCACCUGAUCGAAGUUAUUAAUUUACCACAGACAUUUUUGUGUAGCCCAUGACUACAGUUAACCUGUGUCUUCAAAACUGGCCUUUACAGUAAAAACAGUACUUGUUGAUAUGUUUUUCAACAAUAUGGCUUUGUUUUUCUCCUUUCAUUCUCACCACCAAGGCCUUCAACCAAAUGUCAAGUCAUAGAGAAGCAUAUACAAUCAAAAGCAAUGCAUAGUUACAGUAGAUCAUGAUAAAGCAUUUCAACUGAAAUCUACGGUUACUACCUGUGCUGCCACACAACUUAAUUAAGGUCUAUAAUUGAAAAUAUUGAUAGUAUAGAGUGAAAUGUAAGGUUCAUUAAACAGUGAAGGGUGUAGUUUAUCGCUGCAGUGAUGUAAACUCCGCCCCUCUCAUUUCCCUUUGCUUCAAACAAUUUGGCUGAAGCUAUUUGUGUUUGUGUGCACUUCCUGUUUAAAGGGUUUGUUUUAAAGAAGGAGGAAAUGUGAGUGGGCGGAUGA